AUGCCCCGCCCGGCAUCCUCCCUCUCAUCGCGUCCCCUAUCUUCCUCCGCCAACCACCAUAAUCUCGACAUUGAUAUCGACACAGACGCAGAUAUCGGCCUAGCCGCCCAAGAUAAUAAUAAUAAUGACGUCCCCGCAACCAUCGCAGCAGGGACCUCAACUGACCCGACGACCAAUCCCCUCCUCCGCGAGAACCCCCUCCUUUCCCCGCUGGAACAAGAAGUGCUAAAUGAGUAUGCGAGGUUAUUGGGGAAUAUGAAUAAGCUCUCUGACUCCCUCGCUCACCUCUCUACCCGCCCCGCUGCGGAGACGCUCGAUGCCCUACGCCUCCUAGAACGGAAGACGGCAACGGUGUGCACGCUGCUCAAGGCGAGUGUAUAUAGUAUUGUGUUGCAGCAGCAGAUUUACAAUGGGGAGGAUGGGGUGGGGGGUAGCGGGGAGGGGCAUGGGCCUGACCUUGGUCAUGAGCAGCAGCAGCAGCAUCAUCACCAUUAUGGCGAGGAGGGGCGUUAUAGUGGGUAUAGCGAAGGGGAUUGA